UACGUGGCCACUAUUAUUAUUAUCACUUGUUUUUGUUUCCCAUAGCAUAGAAGAAGCAGAAAGAGAAGCAUUAGCAAAAGCAAGAAGAACUAGUCUAAGCAGAAAUGGCCUCUUCAGUGAUGGCAUCUGUGGCCCUCAAACCUGCCCCUUUCACUGUUGAGAAGUCCUCAGUUAGAGGCCUUCCCUCCCUCUCAAGGAACUCCUCUUCAUUCAGAGUUGUGGCCAGUGGUGGCAAGAAGAUCAAGACUGACAAGCCUUAUGGAAUUAAUGGUGGCAUGGCUUUGAGGGAAGGAGUUGAUGCAUCUGGCAGGAAAGGAAAGGGAAAGGGCGUUUACCAGUUUGUAGACAAAUACGGUGCUAAUGUCGAUGGUUACAGUCCUAUCUACGACACCAAGGACUGGUCUCCAACCGGUGAUGUCUACGCUGGCGGUACGACUGGCUUGGCUAUCUGGGCUGUGACUCUACUUGGUCUUCUUGCUGGUGGUGCACUUCUUGUCUACAACACAAGUGCUUUGGCGCAAUAAACUUUGCAAAUCGAUGUUUUAAGCUCAAACUUAGUCCAUGUAACUAUCUAAAAAUGAAGAAUUAUUCAUGAAGUACUUUGUGGAUACGUGUUCCUUCUGUUCUAUAAAUGUGUGGAUGUGAAAAAUCUUGUGUUGUUAAUCAUGCUUCUUCAUCAGAGUCUCCCAUUUGUUUCUCAA